UAAUAAAGGUUAUUUAAAUCCAAUAUGGCGGCGCCUACAGUGCAAUCGUGAGCCAGGAAAACAGGUCGUUUACAACGGUUUUUAAGGCUGGUUGGGAUGUUUUCUUUAACACGGACUGGCGUAUUCUGUUAUUGCGAGCACAGCGCGGAAAUAAAGGAGUAGGAAAUACAACGACGCAAUCAUGCGGGUGUCCGUGCGAAGGCUGGCGCUGUAUCCCCUGUUUGCAGCCCAAAGGAGCGGAGCCCUCCAGAGUCCAUUUCUGCACCAAAUUUCACCCAGGAGUCGCACCCUGUUCAGUGAGACGGGCGUGUGGGAGAAGGACUAUCGAACAGAGACCAGACGCAAAGUGGAAGGAUGGUGGCACCCGCGAAUUAUGGCGCAGUGGCGGAAGGAUGCAGUGGAGGAGAGUCCCCACAAGAAGAAGUUUUAUGUCCUCUCUAUGUUUCCUUACCCAUCAGGGCGACUGCAUAUGGGCCACGUGCGAGUGUAUACCAUCAGUGACACCAUUGGUCAUUUCCAAAAAAUGAGAGGGCAUCAGGUCUUAAAUCCAAUGGGCUGGGAUGCCUUUGGACUUCCAGCUGAGAAUGCAGCCAUAGAGAGGGGGCUUGACCCAGAAGACUGGACUAAAAGUAACAUACAGUCUAUGCGGGAGCAGCUGGACACUCUCGGGCUUUGCUUCAACUGGGACCGGGAAGUGACCACUUGCCUCCCAGACUACUACAGGUGGACGCAGUAUAUAUUUAUCAAGCUCUUUGAAGCGGGACUGGCAUACCAAAAAGAGGCUGUGGUGAACUGGGACCCUGUUGAUCAGACGGUGCUGGCUGAUGAACAGGUGGAUGAAAAUGGGCACUCCUGGAGGUCUGGAGCUCUGGUGGAGCAGAAGCUACUCACACAAUGGUUCAUCAAGACUACAAACUAUGCCAAGCCCCUCCUGGACGCCCUGCAGGACCUUCCAGAGUGGUACGGGGUCAAAGCCAUGCAGGCAAACUGGAUUGGAGAGUGCACGGGAUGCUACUUCGACUUCAAACUGAAGGUGAAUGGGAAUGAAACAGGAGAGACCCUGUCAGCCUACAGCUCCUCCCCGGAGACGGUGUACGGAGCUGCUUACCUGGCCAUCCUGCCCUCCCACAGACUGCUGCACGGCAGUAGCUCAGUGCGCUCCGCUCUGCAGGAAGCCUUUCAGCCAGGCAGAGACUCCCUGACAGACAUCACCGCUCACAACCUGUUCACCGGCCGUGAGAUUCCCCUGGUCAUCUCACACAAGGAGACUUUUGAUGACUAUCUGGAUACGGUGGUUGGUGUCCCGGACUGUAAUGAAGAGCAUCUGUCUGUAGCUAGAGCUCUGAAUCUGAGUUGGGCAUCAGUGCUGAAAACUCGUGAAGAUGGGACACAAACCCUCAUCAACUCUGAGGAGUUCUCAGGCCUUACCAGAGAGCAAGCCUUUAACUCUAUUACCCAGAAGGCCAAAGAACAGAAGGUUGGAGGCUACCUAACCAGCUCCAAGCUCAGAGAUUGGUUGAUAUCCAGACAGCGAUACUGGGGCACACCCAUCCCUGUGGUGCACUGUGGGUCAUGCGGUCCGGUCGCAGUCCCUGAGGAGGAGUUACCAGUUACUCUGCCAAAGCUGCCAUCGAUUACAGGAAAAGGGGCGUCGCCUCUAGAAGCGGCACAUGACUGGGUCAACUGCAAAUGUCCCAGAUGCAAGGGCCCAGCGAGAAGGGAAACUGACACCAUGGACACAUUUGUGGACUCGGCCUGGUAUUAUUUUAGAUACACAGACCCUCACAAUGCAUACAGGCCUUUUGAGCGCCACUUGGCAGACCACUGGCUUCCUGUGGACGUGUACAUCGGAGGGAAGGAACACGCUGUUAUGCACUUGUACUAUGCUCGCUUCCUCUGUCAUUUCUGCAAGGAUCAGGGUCUUGUGGCUCACAGGGAACCUUUUCGGAAGCUCCUGGUCCAGGGUCUGAUCAAGGGCCAGACGUUUAAGCUUGCAGGCAGUGGCCAGUACCUAAAGAGAGAAGAAAUAAACUUCACAGAUAAGGAGCCAGUGGCUCUGAGUGGCGGUCGCGUUGAGGUGACGUGGGAGAAGAUGAGCAAGUCCAAACACAACGGGCUGGACCCCCAAGACGUGGUGCAGCAGUACGGCGUGGACACAGUACGACUAUACAUCCUCUAUGCGGCACCGCCUGAACAGGACAUCCUGUGGAAUGCUAAGACCGAUGCUCUUGCUGGCGUUCUGCGAUGGCAGUCUCGACUGUGGCAGCUGGUGACCAAGCUGAGAGCAGCACGGCAGCUCGGAGAUGUCCCCAACCCCAGGCUGCUGAAAAAGAAAGAGCUCGCGGAGGCCAAAAAGAUCUGGGAGAACAAGAACUACGCAAUUCAAGAGGUGACGACUCACUUCACAGAGGACUUCCUGUUCAACGCAGCCAUAUCUCGCCUAAUGGGACUCACUAACACACUGAGCAGUGCAACAGUCAGGCUGUUGCAACACAGCGUGGAGUUUGAGGAAGCUCUGGCUGCCCUGGUUAUGAUGACAGCACCCAUGGCCCCUCACUUAGCUUCUGAGCUUUGGGCAGGUCUUUGCCAGGUGAAACACCCCCUCAGCCCCAUCCUCCAGCAUGAAGGGGAUGUCCUGCAGCAGUCCUGGCCGACUGUGGACCCAGAGUAUCUGGAGGUCCCUGACUUUGUGGAAUUGUCUGUACUGAUAAACAACAAGUCCUGUGGCAUGGUGACCGUCCCUGUGCAGGUGUCCAAAGAUACCAGUCGGGUACAGCAGCUGGUUCUGGAGAGCCCCGUCGGACAGAAGUUUCUGAGCGAACGCAGCAUAAAGAGAGCCAUCUUGUCUCCCAGGACUGCUCUCAUCAACUUCCUGGUUGAUGAGUGACACUGGAUUGUUCACCACUGCUUUUGAGACAGACAAAAGAGGUGGACUUUUUAAAAAUCUAUUUAAGAAAACCUGAAAGGCUGAACGUCAGUUCAGAUAAAAAUUGAAUGAUAUCAAUGUGAAUAUCUAUAUAGGCAUUUUAUUUAUGUUUUCUAUUUUAAUAAAAGAGCAACUGCAGGUUUCCAGUCUCUUUAAUGCAGCACCUAUCUUUUCUAAAUCAGACUCCCAAUUAUUCAGGACCUCAGCUCCACCCAAAGACCACUUUAGAUUCCAGUCAUUGUUCACAUUCUCUACCUUAAGCAUCGCACUCACAGCUUCACACCUCUCAAUCUACCAAUGCACGUCUCAGCCAAGUCAUGCAGCUGUGCCUUAUCAGCACUUGUGUGCACCUCCGAGCCUGUUUUUGGGCUGCACAGACAUAGACUGCUAUUUGGCUACUGGAUGCGGUGCUGCGUGAACCCUGGCCAGCUGGAGUUAACUGAAGGGCCUCACGCGGUCAGGGGAUUUUUAACCUUGCCACCGCAUCAUUUGUUCUGUCCCUCAUGGCCAACUAUGCCUAUUCAUGGGCUCUGUGUCUUGACGUUAGACCAACAUGACUCAGCCCUUAGCGCUGUCCUGGCAGAGCGCACACACCAGAGGCACUGAAAUGUAUCUGUGAACACGCCUACUGGCCUAUCUGGAAUGAGUAUGAGUAAGCAGUCACUUGAUAUGUAAAACAAUUUCCCCCUCGUCAAGUUAUUGUGCCCACACCUCCGAUUAGUUGAGUUUUUUAAAGCUAUAUGGGUAAUAGUUAAGGACAUGCUUUUAAUUUGAUAGGAAUCAUAUUGGCCAGCUUGCAGCUGAUAAAAUCAUGGCUUGCUGUAUAUAUUGUUUUUAGUUACUCAUGCUGAAUUUUUAAAAUGUGCAGACGCACAAAAAAAAAUGUUUCUUACUGACCCCCUCAAUCCCUUUCCCAUAUUUUGGUGCUAUCUCUCAGCAUUAGGUGACAGGAAGAGGCUCACAAGAGAGACAGAAUAACAGGAAGUGAAACCAGGAAUUAGAGGAGGGGAGUAAAGAACUUUAACUCUGUUCGUUGUUUUUCUCAUUGUCUUAGAUUUACACAAUGGCUUGAUGCCGUCGCAACCGAAAACAAAGCGAGACAAAGAAACGGAGGAAUUUACCUUCUCUGUGCUCAUCUCUGUGUCACACAUUCAAACUGUCUGUUUUAAAAUAGGCAUUACAACCAGAAGGAGUUUGUUUUUAAACCCCUGAUCUCUUCCUUUUUUGCAGCUCUUUUCACACCUUCAUUUACUUUUCUCACUGGUAACAGCAACUAAUAAGCAUGGCUGAACUUCAGGUGGCCUCAAAAAUGGGCCCUGAGUUGCUGUUUCAUUAAAGAGAGCAACAGUGUAACUGUUGUUUAGAGCAGUCUAAGUGACAUGAUAGAAAAUCCUUCCUGGACUAAAGUUAGCCCCUUUGAAUAAAUUUGAUCUGAACUGCAGUGAUGCAUUCAGUUUGUCACUUUCAGCUCAUGGCAUCAUUUAACACUUUUUAUCAUCUCUGCAGUUUCCAUGACGACGAGGAUCAUUGAAAAGGCAACAAUAAUCCACUGUGACUCACUUUCUCUUCAGAUCGCAGUCAUACCCUUUCUUACACAAGACAUGUACAGCAUGGAUUGUCUUUGAUGAGAUGAACUAAAUCACUCCUCUGCCUCUUGAGAAAUUCUGCUGUUGAGGCGGAUGAGGGUGGAGCACACAGCGGCGCAGUCCCGAUCACCCUCCAUUGCAGCAGUCGAGUCCCUGGACUGGGGCUGUGUGUUCCCACAGGGGGAUGUUGUAAUGCCACAGCUCAUUAUCUUGCAGGAUGACCUCAAGGCUGGAAAAGUAGUCAUCUGUGGGUACUCUUUGCUUACACAAUGAGCUCACACAGAGUUUCAUUAGUUCCUUAAUUGUAUUUGAAACGAAACUCUUGGGUAGUGUGUGAUUAUACACUUAACUGCCACACCUUAAUUUAUUAAUUUGCAAUACUGUGCAAAAGUUUUAAGUCACCCUUCAUUUACUUAUAUUUUAAAUCUGAAAUAGGUGCAGUGAUUUACUGAAAGAUGUUAGAAAAUAGAUCGAAAUGGAGUAUGAAGGGCAAAAACUGAGUUGGUACUAUUCUGAUGAGUCUGAAAGACAAUACUUAGUAUGGUCGUCUUUAUUCUUCAACACAACCUAAACUCUCUUGCCGUUUCUUUAAGUAGUCUUCAGGAAUAGUUCUACAGGCUUCUUGGAGGACAUUCAAAGUUCUUUGGAUGUUUGCUGCUUUUUUUCUGUUCUCUAUCAGGAUGAUCUCACACUGCUUCAAUAAUGUUGCGAUCUGGGUUCUGGGGUGGCCAGUCCAUGGCUGAUGGGGUUCCAUUGUGUGUAUCUAGAUACGCUUUUACUGCACUGGAAGUGUUUGGGAUUAUUAUCAAGCUAAAAAAUGAAACCAUGGCCAAUCAGUUGCUUUCCAUAUGGUAUUCCAUGGUGGAUCAGAAUCACAAUUCCAUUUUGACAAGAUUCCCAACACAGCUGGCUGAAAUCCAGCCCCAAAACCAGGACACUUUGACGAGACCACUGUGUUUUACAGACGUUUGUAGACACUCUGUUGCACAUCUUCCCUGAGCUCCUCGCUACAUACUGAUGACAAUUUGAACCACAAUUUUCAAAUUUGGAUUCAUCACUCCAUCAGACCUGUUGUCACUGAUUUUUCAGUCCAGUUCUUGAGUAAUUUGGGAUACCUCAGCCUUUUCAUCUUGUUCACCUUCCUUAAGAAUUGCUUCCUGACAGCCACCCUUCCACUGAGACCAUUUCUCAUGAAAUUUCAGUGAACAGUCGAAUCAACUGAAGGGUCAGUUGCUGUAGAUAGUUUGCUUGAAUGAUUUCACAGGUCAGUAUUGAGUGGCUUAAACAAACAAAACAAAAAGAAAACAUUCAUCUGAAAAAGGUCAGGUACAAGGACUGGACUAAAAAUGAAAAGACUUUUAGAAAGCCUGGAGAAAUACUGCUCAAGACCACUUAAAAAAUGACACAGUCUGGCUGCUUGGAAGCAAAAUGUAAAGAAAUAAGGAGUGGUUUAAGACGAUCCACUCUAGAUUAUGUUUGUCUUUUAUGAAUUUAAUAUAUUUACUGUGCCGGCUAUAUCCCUCUCUGUGCAGAGGAACACUUUCUAAGGUGUUUUGUUUUGUAUUGAAAGGAUCCAUGUAUAAUCUUAGUACAAACACCGAUGUCCUCACUGUAAAGCCAUCCAAGGCUGUAUCAUAAAGCAUUGGCCAGUGUUCAUUCUUCCUUUGCUGUUCUUUCAUCCAUCUUUACAUGCAGGUUUUUCAAACAUAUCUAUUUAUUCCACCUAUUUCCAUCUAACCAGUCAAACUGUUGUGUCUUGUCACGUAGAGUUGUUACUGCUAAUGCUUCAAAGUAAAAGCCAACAAUUUCACAAACUGCAUCUGCUUUUAUGGAAGUGUUAAUGCCUUACAACAACAAAAAAGACUUCUGAGCAUUAGUUUAAGAAUAUAUGGCAUUAUCUGCUGUGCAGAUUUCAUUAACUGCUACAAUUUCAUUGCUUGUUUACAAAAUGCCUUGGCACAUAUCCUUAUAAAAGAGUAACAACAGAGCUUUGGAUUCCUGGAAAUAAUAGUGCUAUUUAAAAAAAAAAGAAAAAAAAAAAGGUUAACUGUUGACACUGUCCCGUCUAAGAUCUUAUGUAACCAUGAACAUGUAGGAAGUCUGAAACCUGGCUUUUUUUGUUUGUUUGUUUGUUUAUAUCCUAUUUUUCUCUUUUAAUGAGGCUCUAAUGACACAAUUACCAUAACGGGUGAAAUAAAAUGAGCUCAUGUUUUCCAGAGUUAUUGUCACCACAUGCUUGGAUUUUCCCCAUAGAUAUUUAGCAAAGUAAAUGCAGAACACAGCAACACUACACACAAUAUUCAAAAUAUAUAGUUUUUAAUUUACGUCAGUCUGGAGAUAUAAUUUUGUCACUUUUAUGAUGCUUUCUCAAAUGUUUAGUUUAUUACGUUUUGUACAAGACAUCCAGGGUUCAAAUCCAGGACACUCACUGCAAUUUCAUGUCAGAGUGCCAUGCUAACAACAUUUUGGAUAUAAAAAUUUGGACAUAUUCAUUAAUGUCCCAUGCUGCAACUGCAUCUUUAUUUGAAAUAAAUAAUAUUUUAUAAC